CUCGGACCACCAGCCCCCCGCCCAGCCUACUGCCAGUCAGCCCAGCAGAGCCUCUGGCCACGUCUCAAAACACCGCCUGGUAUACAGACUGUGGAAGUACCGAGCGGCAGCUGGCGGAGGACAGAGGGGAGGAGAGGGAGGGACCGACCGACGGGCAGCUCGACCGAAAACAAAGCUAAAGAAAGGUAUGCUCAUUACAAAUUAGAAAUUAACUACAUAAUUCACUUCCUCUUCGGCAGGAACCCUCUCUUUCUGUUAACCUUGGCGUCUCGUUUCCGUGGGACCGGUGGGACGAAGCUAUCGGACGCACUUUCUGGGACAACGCAUCAGUAAUUUCCUCCUCGCAGUUCAGACACGGACGGACACUAGCUGCUGGUCCGGUGAAUAAAACUCAUACAGAAACUUAUCCGUACUUGGACCACACUCACAGUUGAUUGAACGUUUCAUUCAGACACAGGGCAACACACAGCUCCACAGAGGACAAAAAAGAGAAAGAUCCACAUCAAGCACAGUGAUCCACAGCCGCCAUGCCCCGCUGCAGAGUGAACCUCAGCACCAUGAUUUUCCUAGUGAUCCUGCAGGGGGCAGCAGUGGUGCUGUUCUGUGGCUGGUAUGUCCAGCUCAGUCCCUGCAGCCCCGCCCCCAGCAAUGGCAAAGUUCACGUUCUGCUGCUGUCGUCGUGGCGGUCGGGCUCGUCCUUCCUGGGCCAGGUGUUCAGUCAGCAUCCAUCUGUGUUCUAUCUUAUGGAGCCCGCUUGGCAUGUGUGGACCAAGCUGCAGAAACCCGGUGCGCGGGUGCUCCGAAUGGCCGUCAGGGAUCUGUUACGGAGCGUAUUCCAGUGCGACCUCUCUGUGAUGGAAGCCUACCUGCCAGAGCACCACAAUGUGUCCGCCCUGUUUAUGUGGAGUCAGAGUCGAGCGCUGUGCUCACCGCCGGCCUGUCCUCUCACUCCACGCAACCAGUUCAGCAAUCAGACUCGGUGCCACCAGACAUGUGAUGCUAGGGGCCUUCAGGGGGUUCAGGAGGCAUGUGGCACUUACAGCCACGUGGUGUUAAAAGAAGUGCGAUUUUUUGAGCUGGAAUCUCUCUACCCACUCCUGCAGGACCCAAGCCUAGAUCUCCGCAUCAUCCACCUGGUCCGAGACCCUCGGGCUGUGGUGCGGUCUAGAGAGGAGUCAGCCAAAGCCUUUAUGAAUGACAACGCCAUCGUCUUGGAGCAGAAAAGCAUACCAGCAGCCGAGGUGCAGUAUCAAGUCAUGCAGGAGAUCUGCCGUAGCCAUGUGCGCAUCAACGAGAGGGCCAUCCUGAAGCCCCCACCAUUUCUAAAAGGCCGCUACAAAAUGGUCCGCUAUGAGGACAUGGCGCGCAACCCGCUUGCAGAGAUAAAUGCCAUGUAUGAGUUUGUAGGUCUGAAGAUGACCAGACAGCUGGAGGAAUGGAUCUACAGGGUGACCCACGGAAAAGGCAAAGGCACCAGGAAACAGGCCUUCGAAAUUACCUCACGAAACGCUGCUGACGUGUCUCAGGCUUGGCGUAGCACGCUGCCCCACAGCAAGGUUAAACGUAUCCAGGAAGUGUGUAAAGGGGCCAUGUCAUUGCUAGGGUACAGGACUGUUAACAGUGAAAAAGAACAGAAGAGACUUGACAUAGAUCUACUAGUGCCACGGGAACCAUAUCAGUUCAGCUGGUUGCCAGCUAAAACAGAGGAUCCGGGUAACAGCUAAAACAUGAAAGACAUUAACACCACAAAACGACUUCUUUAGAGGCUUCACUGAUUGUAUAAGACUUGAUAAGAUUCAUCAACUGAGGGAACACUGGCAUGAUGUCCAAGGUUAAAGCAUUGAUUUAUGACGAAUACACACUAUCAGUGGAGCAAGAGGAUUAAAAUGUGAAAUGACAGCACAGCAGUAUUGUAUGACAAUACAUUUUGUACAGCGGUAAAGGGGCUUUUGCAAGGUAUGAUAAUGUAUGCCAUACAUUUGGAACUAAACUGGAAAACAGUACCAGAUUCACCAAGAUUUGGUGACAUUAUUCUUUGUUCCCUGAAGCCUCUUUAUAAACAGCUUCAUGUCAGCAGUCAGGUCAUGGCUCGGGUGUUAAACACAAGAUCAAUUUCACAACAGUGGUACGACCCAGACUUGCACAAUCCAGUCUUAACAAACCCUUUCCAAAAGGUUUCACAGUUUGGGUUAGUUUGCAUUGCAGCGUUUUUGUGUAUUUAAUUUGCUUGGCCACACAUGCAAAUAAUUUGGUUGGAAACAUGGAAGCUGAAAGGUAAUUAUUGUGCACAGUUAAGUUGUUAAUCGUGUGAGCCCAUGUUAUUCUGGUAGUGGUGGUGGCCACCACGUAUUCAGCAGUGCUGUGCUCAUGUAAUUCAGCAAUGGCUGCAAAUUGUCUGUCAGUCAGAUUCCAUCACAGCAGAGUCCAUUUGAAUCCACAUUGUAUAUAGUGUGACACCCCUCCCCAUGUGAAGGAGGCUGUCCUGGACAGCAUCAGCAGGUUGACAUGGUAGUCGUCAGCUGAUUCAGCUAACCUAGGUGAUAAAAGCUGGCCCAUGUGCAUUGAAGAGAGGAGGGAAAGUGUGCAGGGGAGGAGCGGGGGAUUUAAAUGGAACUUGCCUUACACUUUCAGCCCAAACACUUUACACCUUAAUGGAUCGACCACCAUUUUUAGGAUUAGCGCUAUACUGCUUUUUACAAAUCAUGAACCUGUACACAUGUAAGCCUGCCUAUACAGACCGAUGAGACAUUCUAAACACUGAAACUGAAAAACAAUCUGUAAUUUUCAUACGGAUGAAAACGAGCUCAUUAGCUAACUCCAGAACAUUUACAUCAAAUUCUGUACAGAAACGUUGAUUAAUGUGCAGAGUUUUACUCACAUUACCACCAUUGUCAGGUUUAUUUAUAGUACACAUUUAACACCAGGCAUUGACCAAAGUGCAGAGGGGAAGUCAAUGAAGGCAGGAUGAACAACCAAUGAAAGGCAGCAUGUGCCCCUCAGUACCUCUUACGUCCACCCUGCAUCAUUAUCUUUGGUUUGCACCUUCAGCACCUCAAUAGCACAAUAACCUCCAACCAUACACUACUGACCUUUCUGAUCCACACACUCCAUUGUUCGUCGGGGUAACUCCCUCCCUGUCACAUUGCCUGAGCCAGUUUGUGACACUGGGCAUCAUGCCAAUGUCCCCUGAAGGUUUGAUCUGUCCCAACAGGAGACUGUUAAUCAGUGAUGGCACUCCCACAGCCGAGGAGAGGCCAGGGAUGUCACUGAGACAGGAUGUUAAUGCUCUGCAUUAAGAUGUUUAUUUAAACUGUAAUCUGCUUCCUAGAAUACAUCAUUUAUUUAUGUUCCUUUACAGGAAUGGUUCAUUUUUUAUUGGUUGAUUAAUAACUGAUUACACCGACUAUUGAUUUGAGUAGACUGCGAUUGACUAAUUAAAGAUCAAAGCAUUUAGUCAAUUGUAGAAUGCUGAAUCAUGUUGAUUUACAUCUUCAGGGCCAAAUGAACUACAGUUAUUAUUUAGAUUCUGCUUUCUGUUAUGAUAUUGAUCAGUCUGCUUCCUAUAGAAAAAAUGUCAACAGAAGAGUUCUGAUUGAAACAAUAUCUCAUUUUUCCGUGUCCAGUGAAGGUUCAUUAGAACUAAUUGCUUCUGUAGACCAUCAAAGGUUAGAACCUGAAUCGCCGCUUGCAGAUACUUUUCUAUAUGCAUUUUUACAGCUUUCUGUAGACUUAAUCUUUCAAGCUGAACUUACUAUGCAUACAUGGCUGGAUUAGCUUUCUGCCCUGGUGCACAUGAUGUAGCUAGCAUUAAGAAAACAAGACUUCAACAGAGACUGAUGAUUUCUCAAGAGAUGACUAUUGAGCAUUUAAAGGAAAAUUCUACAGAGAUCACAUCAACACAGCGCCAUAAAAGCAGCUCACCACAGAAUGCCCUGAGCAUUAGUGUGUGACGUUGCUGUUUGACAUUUUAAAGUCUUGGCUGUUGUUUGGCUUCACCAGAAUCUUUGUAAUGAAAGCAUUUUUGCACCAGCUCCUCGGCUAGCUUGAAUUUGCUCAGUUUGCACUUUCUGACACACAAUGUAUCGGAUAAGACAUUCUUACUGGGAUGAAAAGUGCCUGCUAAAGUUACAUAAUAGAUUACAAUUCAACAUAAUACAGUAUGUGUGCUGUGUUGAAAGGGUAGGAGUUGAAGAUGGGAGUCUGCUGCUGUGCUCUGUGUCUGCCUGACACACACGGAGCAUAUGGAACAGAGUGUUCACUGAGUACACUGUGUUCUAUGAAGGAGAGAGAGAGAGAGUGUGUGUGUGUGUGUGUGUGCGCGUGCAGGAAUGGAUUUCCCAGUGUAGAGUGUUGUAUUGCAUGCUGGUAUUCCACCCUAUGCGUUAAUCAGUUUCUGUCGAGGGUUGAACAGAACUUUAUCAACUUUAUUGUUAGAUAUAAAUCAUCAUAAGAAGGUUUUUCCCUUUUGCUCAUCAGCAGUAAAAUAUGAAAAAAUGAAUCACAUCAGCAUUUUCACAAAAGGUUGAGCUCAACUCUGAUCUGUUUGAAUUGCCCAUUGUUGGUAAUGAUGUUUUUCAGGGCUGAAAUAGAUUUCACUUACAGAUGUCGUACUUUUUGAAUGUAGUUUUGGUUGUUUUCCUAUCUUUAAGUUUUUUCCCAUUAAGUUACAGUAUUGUUGUAUGGUUAUGCAGUCUAGGGCUUCAAAUCAGUCUAUUCUUUCAGCUGCAAAAUCUACAAAGAUAAGCAUCUUUGCCUUGUUGCAGCUCAGUCUUUAUCUUCUAGUCCAACAUGUGAGACGCAGAGCAGAACAGCCGCUCGCUGUCCGUGCCGCUGCACAUCGGUACUUGCAUGCAGUUUGUGCUGGAGGUGAUUAUUUCUCCAAUAUAAGUUUGAAAUAACCAACGCACCAGUUAUCCAGCUCAGAAUUAAUGCGACACAGCAGAUUAACAUCAGCCGCUGAUAUCGAUAAAUGCCAUCUCAUUAGCUGAGGCGAAUAUCUGCCAAUAAAUCGGUGCAUCCCUAAUUUACAAUGUUGUAAACUCUGUAUUACGGAGCUCAAGGAAAUGUCGAGUCUGUGAAGGAGGCAACAAAACACAUGGACAAUGGAAUGCAUUGGGGAAAAAAAGGAAAUUCUUUUCUGAGCAGUCCAAACUGCUAUGUGUAGAUAAACUGACAAUAUUUGAAUGUCGAUGGCCUAUUUAUAAGUGGAGGGAUAAUGUGUGUGUCACUGUGGGAUGAAUCAAAUGUUUUGGUGAAAGUUGCCACUGAUUUCAUGAGUUAAUGUGUCUCUAUGCAAUGUGACAAAUGUGAAACUCUUAUGUUUAACCAUGUGUCUUGCCUUUCUAUUGUGUUUUAGUUUGUAUGAAGAGCCAGUUGACAAUGUCGGUGCCUUACAGAAGAUUAAGCUGACAGACCUGCCAGUUUGUUCUUGUAUUUAUCUGAAGAAAACUUCUGAACAGAAACCAUAUGGUACUAAUAACUGCAAUAAAUAAUUUACUUAUUAACUAUUUUAA